CCAAGCUUCACUCUUUAAGCAAAAUCAAGAUGGAUCGGCGAGAGUCGACGGCGUCGCAAGACACCCUUUUGUCACUUCAACAAGUAGACCCUUCACCUAUCGAUACACCUCCGGAUCUUGGGAAAGAGCUUCCUGAACUUCCUCCUGCCCCUUCAAGUUCCUCAACUCUUGGCCUAAGUGGAGGUGGACAUAGCUCUGUCUACUAUCUGACAAGGUUACAAAAGUACUCAACAUAUGCCUUUACGAUCUUCGCCUCCUUCCACAUAACGAAUACAUCGAUCAUACCCCUCCUCACUCGCUCCGUCCCCGCGUCCGAACGGUACCUACUUCUCACACGUCCAUACUACCAAUCGUUUCCCCUGGAACCACUUCUUAUUACCCUCCCAAUAGCGACACAUGUUCUCUCCGGACUCGCUCUGCGAAUUCAUCGGCGCAAUGCGAAUCUAGCCCGGUACGGAGCAGCAAACAUCUCCGUUUCAGACCGCUUCAAGAGACGUCUUCGAAUAUGGCCAGCGGUGUCAUGGGCUAGCUUAUCAGGCUAUGUCCUUACGCCUUUGGUGUUGGGGCAUGCGUUUAUGAAUCGCUUGUUGCCUUAUAUCUACGAAGGUGGUUCUUCGAGUGUAGGGCUGUCGUUUGUUAGCCAUGGGUUUGCGAAACAUCCUGUUGUAGCGUGGACGGGAUAUCUGGCGUUGAUCGGUGUUGGUGUUGGUCAUUUUGUGUGGGGCGUGGCUAGAUGGCAAGGCUGGAUUCUUGUUGGACAUGACAAGAAGGCAAAGAGGAGGUGGUGGACAAUCAAUGGGGCUGCUAUUGCUGUUUCGUUGCUGUGGGCGGCUGGUGGGCUAGGGGUAAUUGGGAGGGGUGGUAAAGUUGAUGGCUGGGUUGGGAGGGGCUACGAUGCUUUGUACUCGAAGAUACCAUUCGUGGAAUUAUGAAGUUCAGGAGAGUUCAAUUGAAGCAUAGCGAAAGGAGUUCUGAGACUAUUAGAAUCUAUGUAAAGUAUAGAGCAAAGAACAAAUGCAGCAAGAU